AUGGUGGAGAUGGGAUCUUUUCCGCUAUGCAAUAAAGCUGUCACCUUAUGCUCCUACUAUCAUCAAUCACAACCAUCAAUAAUCCAAAAGAGUUAUCACCAUACCAACAACCAAUUCAGGGUUAACUCUUUCAGAGACAGUAAUGGAAAUCAAACCACCAUGUCUGUUUCUUCCGCUUACCAGGUGCUCGACAUAAUGCCUGAUUGCACUUUGUCUGACCUCAAAGCAGCUUUUCGUGCCAAAGUGAAGCAAUUCCAUCCUGAUGUUAUAAAGAGUGAUGAUGGUAAUUCAGAUACAAUGAUUCGCCGUGUCAUUCAAGCCUAUGAGGUGUUAUCCAAUUUAAGCAAAUCAGAGAUCAUUGAAAGUGAAUGUCUAGACCCUUUUGAUGCUCCUGAAUGUGAGGCAUUUGACAUCUUUGUUAAUGAAGUUCUAUGUGCUGGAAAAGGGUGUCCUUAUUCAUGUGUAAAGACAGCACCUCAUGCAUUCACAUUCAGUUCUUCAACAGGAACUGCAUAUGCAACGUCUCAAGGUCAUGGUGAGGACUAUAAGGUACAGCUGGCAGUUGGACAGUGCCCUAGAAACUGCAUACAUUAUGUAACACCUUCUCAAAGGAUUAUUCUCCAGGAGUUACUUGGCAGCAUCUUGAAUGUGCCUUUUGAUUGCUCUGCUGAGGCGGACUUGCUUUAUACGCUCAUUGUAAAAGCCAAGUUUGAAAAUAAUCGGUACAAGAAGCCAAAAAAGCAACCCAAUGUAUCAACUAAACAUGUUGAUUUGGUAUUAAUCAAACAUUAGUUGUUAAGUCUUGUUGCUUUUGUGUACAUCUUGUAUAUAGCAUAAAAGGAGAAAACAAGGGUAUGUAUAGUAUAUUUAUUCAAUUAUGGUGUAUAUUUUUCUCACAUUCGAUAU